CAUCCUUUUGCCUUCUCCAGCUCCGUUUGGCUUUCUGCGCGUGUGAGAUUUGUGUAGUCACUAUAAGAACGGAGACAGGGAUUGAAGGUUGUUUGCUAUUCGUUUUUGGGUAUUGUUUCUUUUCCGAGCGACCAGGGCCAUUACUCUUGUUGGGCUUUUCGUGCCUCGGGCUCUUUAACAAAGGCAGUCCUCUGGCUCUUUCUGUGUCUGGUCCUGUAAUCGUCACUGUUGUUUCUGAUGGCUCCUAGUCAAAAGAAAGAGAAGAAGGCUGUGAAAAAGAUGGUAAAGGCGACUGAGUGCCCCUUCCCUGAUUUUGGAAGGCAGGUCGAUACUACGGAACUUCUAAUGGAGCGGGAAGUAGUAGCAUCUGUUGAUGGGGAAAGGGGUUUUGGCCCCCAAUGUCGGUGGGCAGGGGCAAGGGUGGUGCGUUUGAUGUCGUUAAGGCUAACGAGUUGAUGUGCCUUUGCGAAUGCUCUGGUCCAUCCGUGUCCUUCAAAUGUCAAGAACCCUGGACCGACAGCUCGAGGUCUCCAACCAGUUAUAUUGCUUGGAUGUGGUAUGUUCUAGAAAAUCCUAUGUACUGCAUGAUGUUGCAAGAUGCUGGUCUUUUACACUUAGUGAAUUGCUACACCGGGCUGAAGGGUCGAGAACGAGUGAAAUACCUGAGACCCCUUUUGGAGCAUUGGUGCUACUGCACACGCACCUUUGUUGGUGCAUUUGGGGAAUUUACAAUCAUGGUGGAAGACGUGUCCGCACUGCUCUGUCGGGGGUUCGCUCUCUACUCAUCAUCUCUAGCAUCUCGAAUCCAUCCCCCAUGAGCUUAGGGAACUCUGCGAUCAGCUUAUCGCAGAAGUGGCUACAUUUAAGGCUCCGGUAGAUAAGACCACGUCUUGCGGCAAGCUGCCUCUGGAGCAGUGGAUGGAAUACUGGUUUGAGAGUCGUGGGGGGAAGGACAUCAUGGUUUGAGGUCCAGAGAGUCGGUGCCAUCUCGCAACUUACAUUCUCUAUGUGGCAUCCCGGUUUCUUUUCCCUGGUUUGCCGAUUACGGGUUACGUACUAUUGUGGUUCCUCUUAUUGUUUUGUCUGCUAGUAGUCACCGGUUACCCCUUGCAUCGAUGUUUCUCGGGUAUUUAUACGAGCAGUUGGACAACACACUUCACCAGAUGAUGGACCCUAGUUGCAAGCACUAGGUCAGUUAUGUCUGUAACCCCUUUCUCUGGAUGUACCUAUGCAAGCACUUUAGUCUCAACGUGGUGCCUUGCGAGCUAUCACCCCUGCGUCUCGAUGUGGACACUUUAGUAGGGGAUGCAUUUGAACACAGAGUAUACGAUGUCUGUCGUGGGAAGCAGUGGCUGUAGGCUACGAGACAUAGGGAUUUCACAACGAACGAUAUCGAUUUUAAGCUUGCAUCGCUCGAUGGUUUUAUCUGGCAGCCUUAUGUCCAGGUCGUCCAACAUGCCAUGCCAUUUUGUGUUGGCAUGCCCGUUCMUGAGGGGGGUGAUCAACAUUGUGCUGUGGAUGGAAGAAAUGCCUCUACUGGUAUAGCCCGGCUAGUGGUGUGACUUGGUGUAGUGGUGCACCUUGAUCAUACCGGUGAGGCACAAUUGUCCGUGUAUUGUCCCGAUCGUGUCCUUCGUCAGUUUGUGUGUGACGACAUAGGUGCUCAGUUUUUGAGUGUCUGGGGAAGACGUCUUCUGGAUGCGGCAUCAGGAGCUCACUUUCCCGGCCUAUCGAGGCUUUCCGUGGCUGGGUAUUUCAGGGUUCAGGGGUGUUAAUCACUUCGGUUGGCAUAUCUUUGCGCUCUUUUCGGUGAUUCUCAGUAAAUGAUAUGGGUAAACCCCCGCCUCUGCCAUGUGUUGGCACCUCUAGAGGGGCAUGUCGCUAACUUGGGUGAGAGUUCAUCUCCAACCUCAUCGCGUUCCCCGGUUAAGAGGGGUGCCAAACGCGGUCGGUCAGGGCUUGCUUUGAGUGAAGAAGAAUCUGCUCAUCCUCUUAUCCCGAAAAGGCGAAGGACAGCGAGGGUGCCUCACGCCAAUCAUCCAAGGUUUGUUGUAGCACCACCUAUUGGACAAUGGGUCACGGGAUGUCAGGCGGAGGUUGGCCGGAAGGAUGUAGCACCUCCUUUAGAAAAGGAGUCUUCACCGGCGGUGGAGCCAACCCAAUUAAUUGUUAAAGCGUCUGUUGAGAAGACUGGCUGUAUCAGAUUUUCUAACGGGCGUAUGAAGAAGAUGGUGUCCCGUUGCCCAAAAUGGGGGUAUGAGGGUGAUGAUUCGGCUGUAGGGAGUGAUGGGGCCCGAUUGGACACUGUGGCUCUGGUGGCUCCUUCUGGUCAAUUGAUGGAAGUUCCGGAUGAGUACCAUAACACUCRUGUUUAUCUUGAAAUGUUAUGGGUAUUUUUUUUUACCAGUGUGGUUUAACUGUUGAACAGUCUUUUGUUUUGAGGCGGGUGGACUCCGAAGAGGAUGUCCCAGGGUUUGUAGGGUUUGGUGUGGUGGACCUGGAGGUAGGUUGCGGUUGUGUUUGGUUAUCUGUUGGUGCAUAAGCAGGAUCGCUGAGUUUGACUAUUUAUAGCUGUCUGUAUCGCAGGCAUUCUUCUCUAAGUAUCUGGUUGGGGCGCCAGACAUGCCCUUUUUUAGGCGUUUGGCCGAGGAAUUGAGAGCCAUGUAAUCCACCAACGUCAAUUCAGUGGUAUCUAAGAGCACUUUGGGUAUCAUCGCUCCUUCGGUGGAUCGGACAACUCAACUAGUUACGAACAUCGGGGUGGCGGUCAAUUGCGCCAGGUCAUCUGAUGUGGCUACUGGUGAUGUCGCAGCUCCUAAAGGGGUGGAGGGUUCAACUCCUAGUGAGUCGCAGUCACCUAUUGCGGUGAGUAGCGCUUCCGGGAUGCAUUUCCAUAGCAUGUUGCUGAUGAUUUUGUGGCGCCUGAGCCAUCAAGUGGUUUGGAACACCACUCGGGAGAUGGGGAUAUGGAGCCUGAGAUUAUAUUUCCAUCCGAGGAAUUGUCAUACGAGGAGGAGCUGGCCCAGAUACGGCAGGAAUUAAUGGAUUACUGUGAUAACCACAGUCUCCCAUUGUUGCACUUUCCAGUGGUGGAUCCGGUGCAGGUUCAGGGCAGAAACAUGCGCUACAACAUUUCCAGCGCAGUUGUUGAGUUUUCGUCAACUGCGAUUCGUGCAGGGUGGUUACCUGAUGGAGGGCUACACCCAGAGAUUGUAGGUCUUGCUCUGAGCACCGUUGCCACAUUGAUGAGUCGUGUAAUGGCGCAACCUUUGGAGAAAUUUUCGUGGAUUGGCUUCGUCUGUUGGUUGGAAGCUUGUCGACCCCUGUCGUUGAUGGGUUUCUUCAUGACCCAAGUUGAGGAGUGUAUAGUGAUGUUGGUGCAUGCCUAUUGGAGAGUCGAAGUAGGCGUUACCAGGGCUGCGAAGAAGAUCGAGGAUUUAAGGGAAGAAUGUGUGCAGCACGAAUGCAUCCUUGAAAAUUAUUAGGCAGAGUUGGAGGACCUAAAGAAAUUUGAGGAAACUAGUGGGGUGUUGGACACCAUAUCUGCCAUGCAGAAAGAGUGGGCCAAAUGAUCAUGGAUUUUUGAUGUAGUGGAGUAUUCCAGGGUUGUCCCAUUUUGUAUGAUAAUUGUGUUAGCUAGUGCAGACUUGAAUUGUGCUCAGUGUUAAUUUUGUCAUAUAUUGCAAAAUUUUGGAUUCUAGACCCGAGUAAUAGUCAACCAUAAGGCUUAUUUCUUGGCUUGUCAA